GGGACCAACGCAACGCAAGUCAUGAGACUUAAAUGAAAAAAGAGGAUGUGCCACACAUCUGGCAGCAGCUGGGUAGUAGAGUGUGCAUGUGCAUGUGAGAGGGGAGAGUCAGAGGUGGGCGUGUGUUGAGGUGUUCAGAUUCCACAACUCUUGAACCUCCACCAAUGAAGACUUUCUUCAAAGGGGUUCUGAACCGGACCAGCAGCACUGUCCUCGUACGACAGCCGUGAGCCGAGGGAGAGGAGAGCGUUAGAGAAAAAACAAGCACAAGUAGGGAGGACCGAGGCACUGAACAACCGGAGAGUGGGGCUUCCUGCUGAGUCUUGAAGUCUCAUCAUCACCUCAAAUUGCAAGUGUCUAUCGUCUCUUCAUGGCCCCUCUAUAUCUGUAUCUGUUGUUGGAGCUGAUGGUUGUUGCCAUGGGAACAGGGGCCCAUCCAGCCAGCGAGGAGAAUGAACUGGAUUAUGGGUACUGGAACUACAGAGAGGGAGCUGACAGUGUGAACGUGGCCUCGGUGCGCAGUGUGACCAGAGUUUUAGACGCCUGGGGAAAACGCAUCUUCAGUGAAAUCAAGACUUUGCUGCACUCUCAGCCCAGCACACUGCUGCCCGACUACUCCAGGGUGCGCCCUCUGUCCGAAUCCGUUAAUGACCUCUUCAGAGAAGUCUCCCUUCUCCACCGCCGCAUCACAGAGCUAUCUAAUCGCUUAGCAACGCUGGAACCGUUCCUCCGUCGCCACGGCUACCAGGGGGGAGACAUGGAAGAGGCGGGAAGCAGAAGGGUAAAGAUCCUAAAAGGGGAGGUGGUGCGUGCUGCCCGGUAUGACCCCAGGAGCAAAGUCAGGGCGAGCACGCCCAGAGGGAGCCGGGUGGUGAGGAGGAGACUGGUGAGAGUCUUCAAGAACAAGGGACUGAAGCAAGUUCAGGGGGAGUGAUACAGCAACAGAGUGGAUUGAAGAGAAUUAAAGAGAAACUUAUGUUUUAAACCAUUCAUGACUUUCUGUUUGCAUUAAUACUAGCUGUCUUGUAGAAUAAAGAAUAAGUCCUUAUAAUGUGUAUUAGUCCUGGAAAAAAAGAUGAGUCUUCUUUAAUAAACUCCAUUUUUGUCAGUAUUUUGUUCUUUAACUGUUCUUGGCAGUUUGAACACAUGAUGCUUAUUUCUUCCUUUUACUCAACUUGUGUAUAUUCCUAUUUCAAUCAGUCUUA